AUGAGUGGCUCCGGGUCGGACGACGAGUGGGUUUUCGCGGCCGACCGGGACCAGCUCCAGGAGGAGCUACGGAAGCGUAGCCUAUCGGUAGACGGGUCGGACUCCGUGCUCGCGCUACGGCUCCUGCGUAGGGUGCGGGCGGGCCGGACGACGUAUAACGGCGGGGAGGGUACGGGCGAGAUGUCGAACGCCGAGCAUCUCGAGCUCCCCGCGGGCGUGGUACCGCGGCCCGAUAGCCCGUCGGGACACGCGGAUCCGCCGGGGCGAACGGAAUUCCCGCUGUACGCGCAGGGGCCGGUCGCCCCGGCCGCCGCCCGACGUAGUUCCGCUAGCGAUGCCUAUAACACGAUGAGAAAAUGGAAUCUCCACUUUUCGGGGGCGCGCGGGGAAGACGGGGAAACCUUUUUAUUGCGCAUCGAGGAGGGCCGCGGCCUCAUCCCCGUCUCCGACGCGGACCUAUUGCAGUGCCUGCCGUUCUUUUUAACCGGUAUGGCGCUGAGCUGGUACCGGACCAAGCGCGAUCGCUUCCGGACGUGGCUGGUCUUCAAAACGGCGUGGCGGACGCGUUUCGGGAAUCCGGACUUCCAAUUCGCGUUACGGGACGAAAUUAUGAGGCGCACGCAGGGCGAGAGCGAGCCCGUCGCCGAUUAUUUCACGUGUAUGAACACGCUAUUUAGCCGGUUGUCUCCGCCUUGGAGCGAGGAAGAGAAGGUGGGGUACGCGCUCCGCCACAUGCUACCGCGCCUGCAGGACCGCGUGAGCCGCGAAAGCGCGAGCGACCUCGACACGCUGGAGCUCCUGGCCGUGCGGGCCGAGAGCCGGUACAACGCGGCGCUGAGCUAUCGCCCGCCGCCGCCGCCGGAGAAGUCCCUCUUUCCCGAUCUCGCAUUUUUUGAGGGCCUCGCGGUCGACUACGCCUCGGGCACGUGGCGGUUCGCGGAUGAGCCAGCGGGCGGGCGGCCCUUCGAGAGCGCCGCUGUCGGGACGGUGGCGAGCGUAGUGCCGGCGCCACCGGGGGACGAGGGGGAGGCCGCGCCAGAGAACGGGGCGAGUGUCGCGGCCGUGGACGCGGGCGACCCCGCAGACGCAACGGCGCGCGGGGAGGGGGCACGGUACGGGACGAGGGAAGCUCCGCUCACGUGCGUCGGGCUGUGCGCGCUUUCGGCGGAGGAACAGGCCCGCCUGUCGGCGCUCUUGACGCGCGAGAUCGAGGGGGACCCCCAGCGCCCCGGGGCAACAACGCUCGCGGAACACCGGAUUGACGUGGGGGAUCACGCGCCGAUUAAGCAGCGGUAUUAUCCGGUGUCGCCCAAGAUCCGCGAGGCCAUUUACGAGGAGGUCGACAAAAUGUUGGAAGCCGGGAUAAUCGAGCCGUCGCGGAGCGCGUGGUCGACACCGAUAGUAAUGAUUAAGAAACCGAACGGUACUUAUCGGUUUUGUUUGGAUUUUCGCCGCCUCAAUAGCGUGUCGAAGAAGGACGCGUACCCGUUGCCGUAUAUGAACGCGAUUCUAGACAAACUAAGGUCGGCCCGGUAUAUAUCGACUAUUGACUUGAGCCAGGCGUAUUUUCAGAUCCCGUUGGAGCGGAACAGCCGCGAGUUAACCGCGUUUACCGUGCCGGGAAAAGGGCUCUUUCAUUUCACGCGGAUGCCGUACGGGCUGACCGGAGCGCCCGGUACCUUCCAGCGUUUGCUUGACCGGCUGAUAGGGCCCGAAAUGGAGCCGCACGCGUUUGCCUAUCUGGACGAUAUCGUGAUCGUCACGAAGACCUUUGACGAACACCUGCUCUGGCUACGCCGAGUAUUUAGCCGCAUCGGCGAUUCAUACCGGACUGCGCAACACUCCUCGAGCCCCUGACGCGAUUACUCAAGAAAAACCGGCGCUGGGAAUGGGGGUCGGAACAGGGGGACGCCUUCGAGAGCAUAAAGUCCCGUUUAAUUUCCCCGCCCGUGCUGUCGUGCCCCGAUUUUGAGGUACCGUUCUCCGUGCAGACGGACGCGAGUACCGUGGGACUGGGGGCCGUCUUGACUCAAAAUAUCGAGGGGAUGGAGCGCGUGAUCGCCUUCGCGAGUCGCUCGCUAUCGGACGCGGAGCGGAACUACUCCACCACGGAGCAGGAGUGUCUCGCCGUGAUUUGGUCUAUAAGGAAGUUCCGCCCGUAUCUGGAGGGAUACAAAUUCACGGUGGUCACCGAUCACAGCAGCCUCCGGUGGCUGCACAACUUGCGUAAUCCGACGGAGCGGUUGGCGCGCUGGGCGUUGGAGCUACU